GCAACCGGUUUCAAUACUGACAUGCGAUUCCGACGUUUGACGUCGCGUCGGCGGCUCUUCCGCGUGAACCACGCUAGAGAGGAUUCAAUUCGCUAUGGCAGGUAUCUCGAGUUAAUUGCGCGCAUGCGCGUGAACCCGUGUUUUCUCGAGGGAGGUCACCUUGUCGAGAGGAGUAGUAAUCUUGGAAAUGCUGCUUUCGCCCCUGCUAAUGCGGUAGCUCAGCCACCAAGCAGAAUAGAAACAUUGGAACAAGCCGUCAAUGGGGAACAAGCCGGGUUCGCCAGGACGAGCAGUAUGAGCUCCUCGACUGCCAGGCUCACGAUUGCACAGAGAAACUACGUGGUAGGCGUGUGUCUCACGCAGUGCCUGGCGCGGCGCGCUGACACCCAGGAACGCGUGGAAGGUCCGACUUCUCCCAGGGAAGCUGUUGAGCAGUUGUCGACUACAGCCUCGCCCUCUGCCACCUGGGCGUUUCAAGACGUGGCGUACCUCUACCACACGCUGAGUUUGCUUUUCCAGGAAUUAGAGGUGCAGAGACAGAGACAGCGGAGAGCGCAGCAGCUUGCGGCCGCAGGACCACUUGCUGUUGCUGGUGGAUCGUCGUCGCCGUCGGCAAAGCGGAGCCUGCCAAGCGGGACGGGAGCAACGUCUGCAUUGAUGGCCGCUUGUAGUACAGGCAGAGAAAACAAACCAGCAGAAAAAAUACCUAGUAGAGCACAAGGCGGUGGUGACAGGGAUGCAUUAGCGUACGGGAAGAACGCGAAUAACUCUGGCCCUGAAACAGGGGUGGCCGCGCAAAUCGAGGAGGACUUCGAGAGUCCAUUCGCAGCGGGCCUAUAUUCUAGUGCGGAUGACACGAAGAGUUAUGGCGCAACAGCUUUUUCAUAUGGAGUACGGGUUCCGCAACAUCCUAGUAGAAGCGGAAGUAGUAGCGGCAACACGAUUUGGAAACUAGAGGACGAGCGGGGCGAGUCUUCUCGGUUUUUACAGCUCGGCGGAUCUAGCAGUAGUACAAUGACUGCGGAGGAAGAGGAGCAAGAUAGUACGCCGUUUUCUCGCGAGAUACCCGCUGUUCCCGCAGAGUUCUCACCGCAGAAAAAGGGUGCUUCGGGCCACUUGACUCGCACGAGGUCGUCGGACACAAAUGAGGGCGAAGAUGCGGACGAACAAGGGCCGUGCUGGCUUUAUUAUGGGGAGCGCUUUCAGCUCCUUGCGCACGGAAAGUAUUGCGAAGCGGAGUACAAUCCGCGUGAGCCGACGCAGUUUCGGUUACAAGCAGAUAAUGACGCGACUCGACAGCCAACUGUGUUCGCGCUGGUCCCGGUCAGGACUGCCUCGUCGAACAGCUACCAGGCAAGAGCUCGAUGGCCCGCAGACGAAGAACAAAGUGGAGAACACAAAAAAGCCGACGCACAGUUAAAGCGAUUGCAGGACGUUUUGCCUGAUGUCGUUGGGACAGAAUUGUUUCCUGAUUUUCUCGGCGAAACGUCGACAUCACCAUCUUCGAGUAGCAGUAGCAGUACUAGUAGUCUUUGUCGACGUCGUCCAGUCUUUUAUGGGGAGAUUGCGCGAUUGUUCGUGUGGUCCCGAGAGCGCAGCCAGCUUGUGUCCGCCGCCUAUGUGAUGCUAGUUGGUACUGAAUUCGGGAUGUGCGGGCCUAUUCGGCGUCUCGCGAGUCUGCAGAUCCUCGCGAUAGCUGCGAAUGUGCAGAUAGCCAAACAAAGCUUGCAAUUAUCGACUGGCAACAACCGCUUUCGAGGAUUUCAACCCGUCGGCUUAAAACGUCGAAUGCAGCCGUUGGCGCUCUGGGCUCGCGGAGCGACGCUGGAAGCCAGUAAGGAGUCGGCGCCAAGCGUUUUCUCUCUUGCGCACAACGUCGAAUCCAAGAUGAAACCUACAGCACCUUCAUCUUCCAGCAUAACAAGUGCUGCAGCUACCAGCACAGCACGUCAAGAUCAACAUCAAAAUAAUAGUGUUGAUGAGAAGAACACUAGCCGAACAUCGUCGUCUCAGAUGAUCGCAAACGGAAGCAUUGCGAAGACUCCUUCGUUCUUGCCUCUUCGUCUGUCAGUUAUGGUCUGGAACAUCUGGGCUAUGCCGAAGUUUCUAGCGGAUUGGCUUCCUCGCUCAGUAAAUCUCUCUCCUGCCAUGGCGCAAAGAGCUGCCGCGAUCCCCGACGCGGUACCUCCACAGGUCGACGUGCUAGUUUUGUGUGAAGCAUUUUGCGACUUCACCAUGCAGUGCCUCGCAAACGGAUUGCGGAAAAAAGGCUUCCAUUACGAUACAGUGGCGCCCUCAGGAACUUUCAUUUGCUCAGGGGUACUUUACUACCCUCUAUCAAACUCUAAAUAGUUUAAGCCUAGCAACACUCAAGUUCGAUCAACACUCAAGUUCGAUCAGAAAAUGAAAAUGUAUCUAGUAUUAAAUGAUUCUAGUUGAUACAUAGAGGUGAAGGACAUUCUUGCACUUGGGUGGGCCUCUUUGAUGAUGUAGCCGGGUAUCUGGCGAACUCAAGUACUCAUACACUGUACACAUUAUCGGCAACACUACAGGAUCCACUAUAGAUACAAUCCACAUUAGCCGCAAGAAGAUUGUAGCACCCACUGUACAAAGAAAAACAAUUUCCGCAAGAACAUCAGGUGCGCGUUUUUUCCAAGUGGCCCAUUCGAAGGGCGACUCAUCAUGUUUACGGCGAUUUCCAUGGUGAAGAUCAAAUGGCGUCCAAGGGUUGCACUUACGUUCAGCUCGCUGCUUCCUCGACGUCAAACGAUGAGGCUAUCGCUACAACUAGAACUAACGGCGAGCAACCGAAGUGCUGUUCUACUUCUGUGCACCUGUUUGCAACGCAUCUGCAAGCAUGGGACGGGGAGAAGCACGUUGCAGCCCGGCGGCAGCAAUUGCGGGCAUUGCGACAGUUUGUGGACCAACAAAACAUCGACUCAGGACACCCAGUGUUAAUCUGUGGCGACAUGAAUGUGGAUUUCUUCGACACAAGCGGCGAAUACGCGGACAUGAUCUCGACGCUAGACGUAGACAACUUUCUCAAUAAUGACGUGUGGCGCCACGGCUGUGGUAGCGGUGUCGGCGCGUUCACCCGCAAAUUACACCAGCGAAAGAAAGUUAUGCAGUUUUUUCUUGAAAGUAAAGUAGAUUACUACAAGGAUUUGAUGUGAAUGAGAUUCUGUGGAGAUGAAUAGGCAAUGCGGGGGCGUAUGUAUUUGUUGUCAACAGGGAAAAUUAUGCCAGCCCGCGGCUUUCAUAGAUUUGGAUACGCGAGGUUCUUCUGACGCAGACGUGCCGAGCAGCGCUUCGGUUUCAAAGACAUCGCGGGAAGGCACUGGAAGGAGCAAGGGAUCUGUGUCGUCAGCAGGAGAAGAUAGCGGAGAGCACUUAGUGGUUACGGCCGCGACAGAAUUAGGCCUAGACGCGCUAAGUUCUGUCAGUCGAGGCGUGGAUUUCUCAAAGGCCCUGUCUCUCGCGUUGGAGUCUCCGGAUGCAACACCGACACAACAACUACGACGCGCGACAGAACGUCGCAAGAAAGCGUCAGAAACGAGACCUCCUGCGACGAGGACGAAACUUAAGGCUCUGAUAGAUUUCUUAAGUAGGUGUGAAUCCUACAGGUAGUUGGACGAUUCUGUUUUAGAGGACGAAGCUGGUGCUUAUGUCGAUAGGGUCAUUUCAAAUCUUUCAUCAUAGAGAUUUUCUCCUUCACGCAAAGUCGCUAUCUCUUGUAAUAGUCUCUGUUUCAUCUAAUGUGCGGCACGGAGGCCCUGAUGGAGCCUAUUACUACACUGACAGCACUAGAAGUUGUACAACCGCGAGCGAUCUAUCUGGCGAAGAAGCCUACACGGCAUUAGAGGAUCAGAGGACAACAAGAUCCACCCCGGGUGAGCAGCAAAGGCUUCCAGAACUACGCUUACGACUUUUGAAUGAUAUACAAAUAGUACAACAACAACAGCAAUCCCUUUGGCAUGAAGAUGACUACAACUGUCGGAUAAGAACGAGUCUUUUUCCCCUAUAUUGAUCUGUAGCUGAGAAUCAGACCGGGAUGAAUCAUGACUUUCUUCUUCAAGUAUGAAAUCUGGAUCUUCUAUCAUACUAGGAGUAGGAACGUGUAGCUUUAGGUGCUUCUCUAAUGUAGAAUAUCCAAGACGAUGAUGAGCAGGGGAUGGCAUUGUGUGGAAUGUUCGAGAGGAUAAGGUCGGUACACAGGGACCGUUUUGGGUUGCCUCCUGAGUGGUGCUACUCCGCUGAUUUCGCGGAGAACGAAUGGAUGCAAGCGGGGAGCGUUUCUUCGGAUGACAGCCAAAAGUGCCUUGACUACGUGCUUUUAUGACCACUGGGAAACGUUUUUCUCUUCUUCUAACAGAAAUAUAUAUGAAUUUCCUUUUCUCAGCUAUGGUCUAGCUGGAUAGUACUAGUGUUUGGUUAAUAUCAAAGUGGUUCUGGAUCUGGUUCUCCCGUGGUCGUCCCCUCUUACUUUUUGCUGUGCUUUCCCCAGUCGUCCCCUCUUACUCUGCUGUGAAGAUUUCCCGUCCUCGUCCCGCUUUCAUACUUAACAUCACGACAGCACCGGCAGCCGCAGAGAGCCUGCGUAAAAGUAGUCAAGUGCCAAGCUUUGCAGCCUUUCCUGCAUGAAGGAAAGAUGAUGCGCGAACUCUCUGACCAUUUUCCAGUCAUUGGAUGUUUCGAGUGGUAGUCACUGCGACUUCUUGAUGUUUCGAGUGGUGCUAGUUCUUCUCCUUGAUGUUUUGGCCGUGUCAGUAUUCAAGUAUCAAACGACAACGCUAAGAACGUCCUGUAGUACUUUUGCUCGUAGAUGUAAUUAGUACCACUUCGAUCAUAUUGAUAGUGCUAGUUCUAGUUAUAAAUGGCUUUGGCUCCACGUCCUCUUCCUCGUACAUAUAGAUACGGCUUUUGUUCCUCCUUCUCCGAAACGUUAUCAAGGAAUCGCGUUUAGGGGAGCAUGUACAGUUUUUCAGUGCGAAAUGGUCUUCGACGAUCGCCUGUGUGUAUCACAUUGAUUCAAACUGGUAGCAUAUCGUCAUUUGCACAGUAACAAGUCACUUUACACCUAAGUAUUUGCUCACCUUCUGACGAUUAUGAUAGAUUAUGAGAAUAUUAACGGUCGUAGUCUGCAUGAUGGAGGGCCUCUUUCAUAUUUAUUCGAUAAUGAACAUUAUUACGACUACAUAAACGCUGCAUGGGACACUACAUUGUAUCUAAAUAAAGCUAACUACAUAUUAUAACCGUUCUCGAACUCAUUAUGGUCAUAUUCCCUUCUUGACUCCAUCGAGCGUUUACGUUUUAUGUAUCGUAUGAGUGUAUAAGUGCAACAUCACUAAAAUUUUUACGUUUAUUUCCAAGUGGCUAGGCGCGAACUAACAACUUAACAACUUCGAUCAUCUCGAAUCGAAUAGCCUACAAGUGGAUACAUUCUCGAUAUUGACAAUUCACGCCCACAAAUCAUGCAGGGACCACAACACUUUUCCCUCAUUCUUUUUUUUUGCAAAAGCAAAGCUAUUGGCUGUUGCGUGCCUCAAAUUUGGUAGCCUGUGCCUUGUCUCUCUUCAAGCAUUAUAUCAACGUUCAUUUUCACUCAAACUCAUCUCCUCCUCCAAGCAAGCUGCAAGCCCGGUCUUCUUCUCGCGUUUUCUACCAUUCAAGUAACAUAGCAUGGUGCUUGAGUUUCGCCAACAUUUUCGCAGCGUCCUUCCUAGGAAAUAUAUCCUUAGUUUGGUACUAUCGGAACCUAGUAGUUCUUGUCAUUUUAAUAUCCUUGUAGAUUUGAACGCCCAGUAGCACUAUAUUCAUCACGAGUGCCGAGGACAUGUCAAUAUCCGCGUCCUGUGGGGGCAUGAUUAGAACAUCAUUUGGAGCAGUUACAGGCCAAGUAGUCUGAAGUUCCACUUUGGACAGAAAAGAAAUUAUUGAGAAUAUAGCUUGGAAGACCAUCUUGUUGAGGCAUACGACUCGGAGAGGUACUACUACUGCACUCCUCAGUAGUACGAGUAGCUUUCCUCAGGAGGUACUACUGCACUG